AUGAAAGAAGUGGAUGUAGAGGUCUGACACAGCCAAGAAAGGAGGCAUAUUUCUUGUGGAUCAUCCUUGUUUUCCAUCACCGAGCGUCAGCAUGGAUGUCUUGGCGAACCACAGUAUCUUUCAGGAACUUCAGCUCGUUCACGACACCGGCUACUUCUCUGCCAUGCCGUCGCUGGAGGAAAACUGGCAGCAGACCUGCCUAGAACUGGAGCGCUAUCUGCAGACGGAGCCCAAGCGUCUGUCUGAACUCUUCGACCAAGACCUGGAUGGUCUCCUAACCCCGGCCUACCUGAAGGAGGAUGGCGAGGAAGAGCUGACGGAUGCUCUUCUGCCCAGCCUGCCCAGCCUCCCCGAGCCUCCCAGCCCACCUCCAGUGAUCCUCUGCCCAACACGGAAGAACAUCCCCUCCACUGGUGCAAUGAAAAGGGACCUCAAACCCAAAAGCCAGGGGCUGGAAAACGUAGAAGGCAUGGAGGGAGUCCACCAGGCCCAGCUGAGCGCCGUCACCUCCCUGACACCCCCGUCGUCACCGGAACUGGGCCGCCACCUCGUCAAGCCCAACCAGACGCUGACGGCCUCGGCCGAUGGGACGCUCACCCUGAAGCUGGUGGCCAGGAAGGUGGGGCUCAGCGCGGCCCGGUUGGUGGCGGCGCAUGCCCUCCCUGUGCGGGUGAAGGAUGAAGAGGAAGGGGCUGCGUGUAUGAUCGGGGUUGGGGAGCUACCAGAGAACAAGAAAAGGAUUCACCGCUGUCAGUUCAACGGCUGCAGGAAGGUGUACACCAAGAGCUCCCACCUAAAGGCCCAUCAGAGGACACACACAGGUGAGAAACCAUACAAGUGCUCGUGGGAGGGCUGCGAGUGGCGAUUCGCCCGGAGCGACGAGCUGACGAGGCACUACCGCAAACACACCGGCGCCAAGCCUUUUAAGUGCAACCACUGUGACAGGUGUUUCUCGCGGUCGGAUCACUUGGCGCUACACAUGAAGAGGCACAUCUGAGGGACUGGAGAGAGGUCAGCGGG